AUGAAGUGUGAAGAGUGUGGUAAACAGCAUCCCACGUCGUUACAUGGUAUCAAACCGAAGAGGCGUUCCACCAGCAAGGAAGAAAAGGAAUAUCCCGGCCAAGACAAGGCAAAUGAUGACGACGACGCAUCGCUAUCAAACGAAUCUGCAAAUUCAGCCCGUAUCUGUGGUUCGUCGAACGUUGCCGAAGACAAGGAUAUUGUUACGGCCAUGUUUGUUCCUGUGGCAGUCAGCCACAAAGAUCGUCCGGACGUCGAAGUUAACGUCUACGCCUUACUCGACGACGGAAGUGAUUCCACCUUUGUAAAGAACUCGGUGCUGAGAGAGCUUGGUGUGAAUGGAACUGAAGUAUCGUUAAAGCUAAACACCAUGCAUGGCAAAACCAGUGUUGCGGUGCAGAGAAUCGAUGGACUGGUGGUACAAAAGCUAGACAGAACUGAAGAGCCAAUAUCUCUUCCAAAGGCGUAUUCAAGGGAAGCUAUUCCAUCGAGAAGAGAACAGAUACCAACGCCCUCAGUAGCAAACAGAUGGUCCCAUUUCGAAGUUAUAAAGGACGAGAUACCGCCUCUGCAAGCAAGUAUGGAGAUUGGUCUGCUUAUUGGCUGUAAUUGCCCAAAGGCUUUGAAACCGCAGAAGGUUAUUCCCGGUGGUGAAGACGAUCCGUACGCAGUGAAAACACGUUUUGGAUGGGGUAUAAUCGGUCCAACAAACACGAAAUGGUCGGCCAGCGAUGAGUAUUCUACAUGCCACAGGAUCGUAACCCGUGAAGUCGGAAGCGCAAGGCUGGCGGAUAAAUUUGUCCUGGACACUCGACCCAAAGAAGUUAUUAAUCCAAAGGAUAUUAAUAGAAUGUUUGAGCUCGACUUCUCGGAAAGAGAAAGGGAAGAAUCAGCGCUAUCAAGGGAAGAUAGAAGGUUUCUAGAGAUUGUAAAGAACGGAAUAUGUCAUCAAGAUGGAAAAUACGAGAUACCUCUUCCGUUUAAAGACCAGACUGCUAAACUUCCAAACAACAGGUCAAUGGCGGUGAAUCGAUUAAGGCCUCUAAAGAAACGUCUCGAAUCCAAUGCUGCCUAUCGAGAAGACUACCUGAAAUUCAUGCAGAAGGUCAUCGACAGUGGCUAUGCCGAGAAGGUUCCAGUGCAGCAAAGAAAGGUCACAGAUAAACCCGUAUGGUAUAUACCUCAUCAUGGCGUUUACCACCCAAAGAAACCCAACAAGAUACGUGUGGUGUUCGAUUGUUCUGCCCAGUUCCACGGCGAAUCCCUAAACAAUCAUCUCUUGCAAGGUCCAGACUUGACAAACAACUUGACGGGCGUCCUAUGCAGAUUUCGUAGUGAGCCAGUCGCUGUUAUGUGCGACAUCGAGGCGAUGUUUUAUCAAGUCAAGGUACCGGAGGCAUGUCGAGAUUUCCUUCGCUCUUUGUGGUGGGAAAACGGAGACACAUCGAAAGAACCCGAGGAAUACCGAAUGACAGUUCAUCUUUUCGGAGCAGCUUCGUCCCCAGGCUGUUCAAAUUUCGCCCUUAGGUCAGCAGCUGAUGAUAACGAAGAGACUGUCGGCGAAGAGGCAGCCAAAUUUCUUCGACGCAAUUUCUAUGUUGACGACGGAUUAAAAUCAGUAUCGACCGUGAACGCCGCAGUUCAACUGAUUCGUGAUGUAAAGGAAAUGUGCAAACGGGGUGGGUUCAACCUCCACAAAUUUACUUCAAAUAGCAAAGAAGUCCUUGAACAGAUCCAGCAGGUGAUCGAGCAGAAGAAGUCAAAAAUCUAA